UUUCCCUUUCCCCUGCAGCUGAGAACACCACCUCUCUUUCUUUCUCGCAGUACAGACAUUGCCAUCAGGCCAUCGUCGCCUUUCCGUGCCGGCAAAGCAUUUUUGCUGGUACUUAAGGUGGCGGUGCUGCUGCUCCAAAGCAAAGAAUCCUCCGAGAAGAGAAGAAGAGAAAGAGGAGGCACUGCACUGCAGCUUCGUGCCUGCUUCCUUGCUUUAUUCCCUCCCUACCCAUCGCUUCUUCCCCUCUCCACCCCCCUUGCUUUCCCCAUCCGCCCAUCCCGUCACCUGUUGCUGCAUUCGUGAGAGACAUUUGAAGGAUUCUGGCUCUUGCUGCUGCCUGCCUCUCGUCAAGUUGCGGCAGGUUAGGUUUUUGUAUCAGGACUCAAUCCACAGCGAUAAGUAUGGCUUUCAAUACGAACAAUCUUCUAUCCCACAUCAAGACAGCAAUGCAUUCUUCUAUCAGACUUGGCUAUCAAUCUGCUUGUGAUUAUCCUGUAGUACUUGGAGCUGGCAUUUUGUUGCUGUUCGUACACCAAAUUUGCCCUUCUCUAUUCAGGUUCCUGUUGUCUUCCUCUCCGGUGUUCCUGUUAACUGCACUUCUUCUUGGAGCACUUUUGAGUUAUGGUGAACCAAGUGCUCCUGUGAUUGGAGAGGAAACACUGGAGAAGCAGCAAAAUUUAUCCCCUAAAUCUUAUAUUUCCAUUACUGACUGUUCAAUCGAGGGGGUUGAGAAUGUUGAUGUCAAGGCGCACACGGCGAAGAGAUUUGAAAGUCAAAUUGUCUACGCUGACGAGAGAACUUCUGAUGGCAUUGUGCAUGUCACUCAUUGCGAUGAAGAAAAUGUCGUAUCGGUGUCGGCUGAUACUACCGUUUAUGCAGAAUCUUCUGAAUUUUCCAAGAGCAAAGCCAUUGUGGAAAGAGAAGAGUAUAUCAAGGAAACCUGCGAGAAGGUUGAGCUGCAAGAAUUUGAGAGCACCAAUGCUGAGAGGGGUAACAAUGAAGUGAAAAAUCAGUAUCAGUUUGGUGAACUCAUGAGCUCAUGUUGGCAACCUGUUAUGAGGCAGGAUCCUUGUUCUGAUUCUGAAUCUGACCUUACUGAGAGUUCUUCGGAUGCAUCAAUCACUGACAUUUUUCCGAUGCUCGAUGAGUUGAACCCACCUGCAAACUUGGGGACUGGUCACCCUUCCUCAACCUUCAGAGAAAACUUGAACUCUUCAUCAGAUGAUGACGAAGAUGACUCUGGGGAGGAUGGUGACCUUAGCUCAAAUGAAGAUGGAGCAGAACAGAAGAAAGAUGAUGGAAAUAACUGGAAGGAUGUUACCGCUCCAAGCUCUUCGAAUUCGGAAAAGAAUGGUAACUUGGAGAGUUUGAUGGAGCGGCGAAGAGCAAAGAAUAUUCUGAAGUUUGAACUAGACAAAUGGUUAAUGGACAUGCAAGCUGCUGAUGCAAUUCAGAAAAUGGAGGAGGUGUCACGCUUCCGUGUUCAGGUUCCCUCCAUUUCCACAACAAGGCGUAUUAUUCCGUUUGACCCUUCAAACGUUUCAGAGGAAAUAGUGGAGUUACCACAAAUUCCUGAUUCAGCACCAUCUGUUCUCCUUCCCUGGAGAAAACCAUUUGAUAUUCCAUUCGACCAAAUAGUGGACCAUGACAGGCAAUUGCGGGAAACUUGGACUCCUCGCUCAUACUUUCCAUCAGCUCAGCAUAGAAAGCAUGGGAACUUAUACGCACGGCAGUCUACUCAUCUGCAACACAAUGGCAUAAAGCCAGAAAAGCCUGAACUUGGUGGAAAAAAUGCUUGUGAUAGUCACUCAGACAGCGAUUCUGAGCAAACAGGGAACAAUGGCAAGUUGUUCGGUUCACUGGAAGCAUGUAUAGGUGAAGAAAUUAAAAUACUAAGCUCAGCAAUUUCAGAUGCUUGUGUGUUGGAAGUAAAUUAUGGAAGUAAUGAAGGCACUAAAAACACUGAUUCUAGCGAUGGCACGACUUCAUUUUAUGUCCAGAAAUCCAAAUCCAGCACUUCAGAAACAAAGGAUUCGGUUUGUGCAGGUAGUGAGCAAUUGACAUCGUGUCCUGUAUCCAAAGAAAAUAAUUUUGAGCAACAUAUUGUUGAAGCAGACUCAAUCAGUGAAGUUAACUCAUUGUUUAAGUGUCGCAUGGAGGAAGUACUAGUGCAGUCCAUUUCAGAGUCCAGUAUAUGUCAACCCUUGACAGUUAAACUUGAAGAUGAGUUUCGUGCCACAUUAUCUUCAGACUGUGGGAUGCAUUUCAUUGAAGCAAGUUCAGUUGAAGAGUUGAAUUCACAAAUUGCACAGCUCAAUGAAGAAACACUGCCAUGUGCUGCUUCUGACUCCACUUGUGAUAAUGAGUUGAUUCAAAACAGACCAUGUGAAGCAUUACCUGCAGAAAAUGGGCAUACAUCUGAACUGCCAAUCAAAGAUGAGCAUUCUUCAGAUUGUACUCUUGACGAGCCAAUGGCCGUGCCCGUGAAGAUUGAAGCCAAGCCAAAUGAGCUGCUGACUGAAGAUGGUGAGCUUCCUGUUCUAAAAGCAAGCUCAGUUGAAGAGAUGAACUCACUAUUCAAGCAACUGGAAGAAGAGGCGCAGGCGCAGAUGCCUCUAAGUCCAGAGCACAUGUUUGGUCAGGAUGAAGGAGAGUCUACUUCUGACGUGCUAGUUCUUGAAUCGAAGACUAUGGAACAUAUCAGUUUUGCUUUCAGACAGUUAGGCAACGGCCAUGAUGAAAUGAAGAUGUCUGAAGAUGGCGAAGUAAAUCUAAAUUCAGCGGAACUAAACUUAGGACUACAUGUUAUCGAGGCCAAAACUGGGAACACUGAUGACACAUCAGAUAGUGGCUCUAAGGUGACUGAGCUCAAAGAUUCACCUGAAAGGGCCGAAUAUACUGCUGGUCAAGGGCAUCCAGUUGAAGGGUUGUGAAUUGUGAUGCUACUUCUGGUCUUCUGGAGUUCUUUUUUUAGCAUCUAUGCGAGAAAUUGGAACUAAAACAAUCCUUAUAAAUCAUCUCCCAGAGAACCAGAGAAUACUCCUGACUGUCAAAAAAGACUCUGGAGCGCAACAGAUCUACAUGGCUAUGUUCGUCUUUGGUUCUCUCUCUUAUUGCUUUGUUUAUACGGCGUUCUUUUCCUAGUAGCAUGGAUGAUGGAUGUCUAGUUUUUUCUGCGGACUCCGAGAGUUUGUGCUUGAACGUUAUUCGUCUGUUUCAUACUAUUUUACUGAUAUAGUAUUAUGAAAUUCCAAGAGAUGACAUGUUGGAUUAAUCUGUAAUUGAGUUACUAUUGCCUGUGGGGGCACAACACAACAAGCCGAUAA